GAGUCAUGAUGAUGGGCGACCGGGACGAGCACCCCCAGAGUCAGCGAACGGGUGCUGGGACGGCGGCGGCGGCGGCGGCGGCGGCGGCGGCGGCAGCAGCGACAACGACGGCUGCAGCGGCGGCAGAGGCGGUGGAGGAGGGGACUGGGGAGGGGACGCCGAGGGAGGGGCGGCCGGCGAGGACUGCGCAGCAGGGCCACCAAACUCAGAAGACUCCUCAACCGGGUCUACCGACGGAAGGGGGGUGACGUGGGACACACCAGACGUGGCAGG